AGAAGAAAAAAAACUAGUUAUGAGAAUGGGGGAUCAUAAUUGGAUUAUUGCAAUAAACGACAAACUCGAAAACAUGUCUGAUUUUUCCCAAGAAGUCGAGCAAUGGAUGAAACGAUCGAUCUACAAGCUACCACCUCGCGUGAUCGAUCUAGACAGCAAGUCAUACAAGCCUCAAAUAGUAUCCAUCGGCCCUUAUCAUCACGGCGGGCCCCACCUCAAGCCAAUGGAGGAUCACAAGGAGAGGGCUCUCCUUCAUUUCAUCAAGAGAUCGUCGGUCCCAAUAGAAGCCUAUUUAGAAGCACUCGAUGAUGUGGUGCAAGAUUUGAGAGACGCGUACGAUGAGUUGGAUCCGAAGUGGUUGAACAACACGUCCGACUUCUUGAGGUUGAUGAUUCUCGACGGGUGUUUCGUUCUUGAAGUGCUUCGAAUGGGCACUUCUGUACUUGCCGGAGGCUAUGCUCCCAACGAUCCCGUUUUUAGUAGCCACGGGUUGCUCUAUGUGUUGCCAGUUCUCAGGUGUGACAUGUUGUUGCUCGAAAAUCAGGUGCCCCUUUUGGUUUUAGUCAAGCUACUCCGACUUGAGAAAAGAAUUUCCAAGCCGCAUGAUGAAGAAGAUCUGAUGAAUAGGCUCAUAAUCAGGUUCUUUCACCCCGGUCAAAGCAGUGUGGGUAUGGGGAAAUGCUUGCACUUACUAGAUGUGUGCCGAAAGAGCCUUCUUCAUAAACCGCGCAGAUAUCGGAUGAUGAGAACCCGCCAUGCACAUGAUCAAGGAGGUGAAGAAGUAGACGAGAUUCCCUCGGCCUCGGAACUUAGUGAAGCAGGAAUUAGAUUCAAGAGGAGUAGAACUACGAGCCUCAGGGAUAUCUCGUUCGAGGGAAACACCCUUAGACUUCCGAUACUCUUCAUAGAUGUCGAAACAAAACUCGAGCUUUUGAACAUGAUAGCCUUCGAGCGGUUCCACAUAGGCGCUGGGAGUGAGGUCACCUCGUAUGUGUUUUUCUUGGACAACCUUCUUAGGGACCCGAAAGACGUUAGCCUCCUACGCUCGUGUGGGAUCAUCCGCAACGGCCUCGGCAGUGAUAAAGACGUUAUUAAGUUAUUCGAGUUGCUCCAUACGGACAUUGUGGUGGACCCGGAGAGCGGAUUGGACAUUAUAUACAGGCAGGUGGGUAGAAAGCUGAGGAGCCGGUUCCGGAAGAGACUGCACGAGUGGGGGGCGGAUCUUGCCCGGACUUACUUUAAAAGUCCGUGGGCUGUUGUCUCUGUCAUUGCUGGAGUUCUCCUUUUCACCCUUGCUGCAAUUCAGACUGUGUACUCUGUUUUGGGUUAUUAUCGUCCGAAAUAGUUGUUUCAUCGUCGUCUUGUCUCGAGCUCCAUCGUUUCUUUCAUGUACUGCUUUUAAUUGUUUGUUGCUCGUUUCAUUAGAGGCUUGUAAUGUAGGUGCUCUAAAGUAUUUUGAUUUAUUUUUUCCAUAUAAAAAUUAUCAUCAUUUAAUGUUAUUAAUAUUAAAAAAUUUGGCA